AUUUUUUAUCAAAAUAAUGACAGCACAGUAACGAUACCGAGAAUCGAAUAUAAAAGAAAACUACUAGAGAUGGCAGGAUCAGUCAGUCCGGAUUCAAAAUGGUUUGGACAAGACCACCGCAAUCACCGGUUCCAACAGUUUGGCAUACGUUCAAGGCCAAGGAUUCCGAUUGUGAUCGGACGGUGGUCUACCGUGUUCAGGACCUGACAGAAGAUCGGUAUGAUGAUAUGAUCCAGCAUUUUUUGGACCAUUUCAUAGAAGAAGAACCGAUUUCGGUAAGCAAGGGAAUUUCAAAAGAUGAAUCUGCUCGUGAUGAAAUGAUUAAACUGUGGAGAGCGGCUCUUAAGGAACAGAUGACACUCGUUUGUUACAAGGAAGGGUCGGAUGAAAUUAUUGGAGCGAAUAUUGUUGUUGUGAGAGAUUCCGAGGAAGCUUAUGAUGAUGACGCUAUAUUAAGUGGUGACCAGGGAGAUUUACGUGCUAUCAUUAACCACGUGCUGAGUCAGUUCGAUCCUCUCAAACAUUACGGCGUAGAUCAACGGCUGAUCGCGUACGGUCUCACCGUUAACAAACGUUACCGAGGACGUGGAGUUGCCACCGAAAUUCUUAAGGCUAGAGUUCCGAUGUGCAAGGCGUUCGGGAUUAAACUAGCAUCACAUCCAUUCUCAGCUCCCGGAUCUCAGGGGGCAGCACGGAAGGCAGGAUACCGGACCGACUAUGAGAUAACAUAUGACGAGCUUGCCUCGAUGGGACCAAAAUACACACUGCCCGGGAUACAAUCGAAGAGUUUGAAAGUGAUGAGUUAUUAAAUUGAAUAAUGCGAUGAAUUUAUGUUAAGUUAUACAUAUA